UAUUUUUAAAGUUUGUAAGUUUGAAAAUUUGGAUUGUAAAUAUUGUCAAAGUUACUUUGAUGCUAAAAAAGCUUUGAACAUUUUUUACUUUGUAAAAGUAUAAUUUUGUAAAAUUAUAACUUUGGAGUCACUUGUAGAAAGUUUAAAGAUUAGCAUUGCAAUUAUGAUCAAUUAUUGCAACUGCACUUAAUAGAUCAAGAUUGAAUACUUAAAAAUCUCCAUAAAUUUUUUAUUAAUGAAUUUAUUAAUGUUUAUUAAUAUGAAGAUGUUUUACCCAGCAAUAAGUAUAUUUAUAAUAAUGUAAAAAGGAAAGUUUUGGUCAGUUUGCGGUGCCAGUUGUUUUUAAAUUUCUUAAAGCAAUAUACUCUGAUAACAUCUGUCUUCAGACAUUGUAAAAUAUUAUUGGCUCUCACUUGACUUCUAAGCACUGCUUCAAUGAAUUUACAGCGUAUGUCCCUAAUUAUUCUGAAUGUCACCAUUGCAUUCUAAUUAUGUAAUAAGCACACAAACCAUAUUACGCGUGUCGCAUCCGAAUAGACGUUAAAACGAAGCGCGGCUAUCUCUAAGUAUGAUUCUUGUAAAGAUGAAUAUUUACAUAGACAAAAAAAACAAGGUACAGCCCACAUGCGAAAAUAUCGGACCGUACUCGAAACGCGUUGUCAAAGACUGUCUUUUUGCUUCGAGGUCGUAUAAAUUAGCACGCACAUUAGGAAGUAUUUGCAAGUUUUAUAAAUUAUGUUGUAAAAUUGUCUUCUUUUGAAAAUUAUUAUAUACUUUGAAAAAGUAACUUAGCAAUUUCUGUUCAAUUUUUUACUUGUUGAAUGGUAAAUAGUUUGAAAUAAAUUUUUGAUAAAGUAAUUAGAGUUUCUUAUUGAAACCGUACAAAGGAGAUGUAAUGGCCUACUUUCUACAUACGAGAGGCGAAAGGACAGUGAAUAUAGGAUUAUGUGUAUAGAAACGUGUUUCAAGUAGAGGGGCCCGAUUCUUUUUUGAGAUUCAUUUUUCUAGAAUUUAUUCUGUACGAUUUACACGCAGUUUUAUCGUUUAGAAAUAUUUGCAAGGAAUUUCAAAUGUCUAAUUGUACAACUAAUGUGAACAUACGAGAAAUCUCUACUUGUCUUAUUGUAUACCAUUUCCUUUUGUGUGCGUUAUCGCCGUACUUUUAUUGGACUAAUGAAAUACAAACUGAUGAUAGUUGGUGCAAUCUAUAUGUCUCAUGUGAUUUAAGUUCACGAUGAAUUUGAGAAUCAGCGUUUUUCAAACAAUAAAAAAUAUUGUGAAUUUGGUGAUCACGGCCAUUCUUUAUUCUACCAGAAAUUUCCAUUACUUCCAAAUUUUGGGACUCUGAAAACAACACAUUACAGACAUCUGUCAAGAAAAAUGACCUGUAGAUGCAUGAUCUAUUUUUAAGAUCCGAUGACAUAAGUCUCCAUCUUAAUAAACUCUUCAAAAGUUUACAUAUUUGACACAAAGUACCGAUGUUCGAUAAGUACCCGCCACAUACAUGUAAUUGCGUGUCAGCGAAGUUCCAUUCGUAACAGUUACUUGUACAACGGUCACUUAUCCAGUGACAUCUGUAUUACCUAACCAACCGCGAUUAUUCGGUCAUUGUAGUUCUUGAAAUCGCCAUUGCUAAUCGUAGAGUGCGCAAUCGAAGUGAUGUCGGUAUUUCAGAUCGUGUGACACGAACUCACAUAAAGUGAUUGGUCUAUCCUAUACCUCGUCUGUGCUAGAAUAUAAAUCGUGAUAACCUUUUUCUUUCAGGGACAUCCUGUGAGAUUUUACCAUCUGCUUGCUGGAAUAUUUUCCAGAGGGUAUUGUCAAUUUUCCUAUACUAAUUUUUGAGAAGAUAGCCUUGGUAAUAUCAUGAGAAAACACUUCAAUCUGGAUAGUAUUUGAAAUAUAAACAGUUGCUUGUCCACAAAAUAUUUCUUCUAUCGAGACUCUAUAGUGAUUGUGAAGUAUCAGAAUUCGUACAUCUUUAUUUUACCAUAAAAAUUGUGCCGAGAUAAUUUGAUAUAUUCAUGUGAUACUUUAUGAGCUUUUAAAUGAAGAGUUCCCGUAGUAAUUGAUCAAAGUUGUUAUGAAAAUUGUGUACGACGUUGUACAAAAUAGCAUAAUUUAUUCGAUCGAAAUCUGAAAUCGGAAGGGAUCGAAUAAACAAAAUUAGAAUUCGUUACAUUCUGUGGCCAGAGUGUGUAUUAAUAGAACUUAGUAUUUUCAAGUGAAAUUUUGAUACAAAGAAUGUCUGGUAAUAAUGAAAGUACCAACAACAACACCUGUGUUGUGUGUUACAAAAAUGUUGAUAUUUAUAGUAUCGGUAUGUGUGAACAUCCCGUGUGUUAUGAAUGUAGUACCAGGAUGAGGGUACUUUGCUGUCAAAACGAGUGCCCUAUUUGUCGUCAAGAUUUACCAAAAGUUGUAUUCACCAAGGAGAUAAAACCUUUUCGCCAGUUACAUAAAGGCAACUUGUUAGACACCAGAUACAAUAUUCAUUUUGAUACACCUGACAUUCAAAGUAAAUUUUAUGAUUUAUUGGCUAAUAGUUGCAAUAUUUGUAAAGAAAAACCAGUGUUUAAUAAUUUUAAUAGUUUGAAAGAUCAUAUGAGACAUCAGCAUGAAUUGCAUUAUUGUGAUCUCUGCGUGGAAAAUUUAAAGAUAUUUUCUCAUGAAAGGCGUUGUUAUACAAGAUCUGAUCUUGCACAACAUAGAAGGAAAGGAGAUAUCGAUGACAAAAGUCAUAAAGGACAUCCACUGUGUGAAUUUUGUGAUCAGCGUUAUAUGGAUAACGAUGAGUUGUUUCGCCAUUUAAGACGAGAUCAUUUAUAUUGCCAUUUUUGUGAUGCAGAUGGUUUGCAUCAAUAUUAUAGUUCUUAUGAUUACCUCAGAGAUCAUUUCAGACAAGAACAUUUUCUGUGCGAAGAGGGAAUGUGUGCUGAGGAAAAAUUUACAAGUGUCUUUAGAACUGAUAUAGAUCUUAAAGCACAUAAAGCAAGUGUUCAUAGUAAACAAUUGAGCAAGGCAGCUGCUAAACAAGCAAGAACAUUGGAGCUAGAAUUCACCCUAGCUCCACGUGGUGAAAAUCGGAUGAACAGAAGAGGAAUGUUAGGCGCAUCAACUUCCAGAAGUUCAAGAGAUUACGGUGGGAGAGAUUAUAAUCUCAGGGAAUAUCAACCAACAGUUACACCAAAUACUUCAAAUGUAUUUGUGUCAAACAACGAACCUACUUUUGUACAGCAACCAUCCGUGGACGUACAAAGUACUGAAGAGUUUCCAACGUUGGGUAACGCUACACCCGUUGUACCUACCUUAAACCAAAGUAAAGGUAGAGGUAACGUAACGAUUCGUAGUACCAUAAGACCUCAGCCUCUUGCUGUUACAGAUGAAAAUUUCCCUGCAUUGGGACCAGAAUCAGGGAGUACAAGUAUUUCUAAAACUGUUAAUUUCAGCGUGUCAAGUGGCAAUUCUUCAGGAUCAAGUACUCAAGCCCAAAAGGGGACAACUUCCAAUGUAUCUAUUCAAGUAAACCACGAACCAAAUGGAACUGUCACUACAAAAGUUUCAGGUCCUAAUAUUAGAAUUCGUCCUGCUCAACUCUCAAUGGAAUCUGACUUUCCUGCACUGGGUUCAUCAGAACCGUCGACUAGUAGCAAUACGAACUUGGCUCAUUGGAAAGAAGUUUUACAAUGGACUUGUUCUAAAUCAGCAUCGACAUCUGUGCCGAAACCUAAAAAGAUUGCAUCACCGCCAUUAGUACCUUCUCCACCGCCUAUCCAAUCUGGAGAAGAUUUUCCUACUCUAUCAAAAUCAUCCAAAUCAAAGAAGCAAUCAACAAUCACCGUGGUACCUUCUUGGAGUCAGGCGCAAAGUUCUAAUAACAGUAAUAACGUGAAAACAACCACUGAUAUAACGAAAGGAAAAACGAAAAAGAAAAAGGUUAAACAAAAUUGUAAUAAUAAUAACGUUAAUGGAAGCGAGACUAGCAGUUCGAGAACAAAUGUAAGUACUGUCGUUGUCAAGAAAGAAUGCGAGACGUCUAAAAAUUCAUGCGCAAACAGUAAAAAUAACAUUGAUGCUGUACAGUCAAGUUCACAAUCAAUGCAAAGCACAGAUAACGUGAGCAACAGUGUAAAUACAUCAAAAAAUAUAAGUGUACAAUCUUCGAAGGAGAUAGAACAAACUAAUAAGAAGGAUAAGAAAAAGCAUAAAAAUAUGGAUAAUGAAGCAGUUGUAAAUACGGAUACUGAUAAUAAUACUUCCAAUGGAGUACAGAGGAAACGUACUGAAUUAAAAAUAGAUAGUUUAAACUCUACUAACAGAAAUGUUCGCCAUUUAGAAGAAUUUCCAGCUUUAAGCGGUAGUAGUUCUAAACCACCUGGAUUUACAAAUCCACCACCUGGCUUUGGUACAACAACUCCACCACCUCCUGGUUUUUGUAUAAAAUACAAUAGCAUGGAUAAAUUGAACAGCAGUAAUGGAUUGACUUUUACAAACAGUUCUGGAGAAAGUUAUUCUAUCUUGCCAGAUAAUAGCAAGGACAACAGUGCGUAUAAUUAUGUACCUCCUCCAGAAUUUCAGAAACGGAAUAGGUGUCUUGUAGCUAAAGUUAACGAAGUUUUAAUGCAACACGAUCAAAUCGAGGAGUUUCGGUACAUAAGCGGAUUGUUUCGUCAAGGAACGUGUAACGCUCAAGAUUAUUACACACGUUGUCGCGAAGCUAUGGGUCUCAGUGCUUUCGAGAACGUAUUUCCAGAACUUUUGGUUCUGUUACCUGACAUUGAAAAACAACAAGAACUAUUUAAAGUUCACAAAAAGGAGAGUGGCAAUAAGAUUAAGGGUUUAGAAAUUUGUGCAACUUGCGGUCAAGUUUUGAAAAAUGGUUCCGAUUUUCGAACACAUAUGACUAGUCAUACAUUAGAAAAUCAUUUUCCAGCAUUGGGCAAAAAUGUCCCGCACCAAAAAAAUUCUUGGGUACGUAAAUGAGUAAUAGAUCUCUUCCUUUAAUUAAUUUACAAAUUCUGCCCAGACUGUAAGCUACCAAUAAAGGAAAUAUGCUGAACAAA